AUGGGGCCCGUGGCGCCGGGUGCGGACGACAAACACGCGCUGGACCAACACAUGCUGCUGCCUUCUUCCUCUCAGCCGCUUUCGCAACCUCCUCAUCACUCAUCCUCAUCUACGGUUGUGGGCUUCUUCUCCAAGCUCCUGCGGCAGACUCGACCUGUGGUAGUCGAACCCGAAAGAGAGACGGAACACAGCUAUUCCGCACCAACUAGAGCGUCACUAGCGAAAGACAUUCGUGUGGAGAUGGCGACCAAGGAGAACCUCCCGCCUGUGGGCUCGCCCCAAUGGUAUGGGAGCACGGUCUCCUCCGCGAGUGACACAACACACGCGAGCCGGCACACUACUCCCAAGCGCACAGUCCAGCGCGCACUUAUACCCAUGGAGGACACGACAACCAGACCUGCCUCUGCACCUGCCAACACGCUGGGCCUGACAACAGAGGUGGAAGCGGGGAGUGAUGAGCCUCUGCGCCGGCCGUUGAGCGAAAUGAGUAAGGCAGACGUGUGCGCACGCAGACGCGAGAGCAAGACCAACAGCCCCGCUUCCACCAAAAGCCAGAUGUCGACAAAGAGCGCACUGUCGACCAAGAGCUUACCGUCGGUAAAGAGCCCACUGUCAACCAGGAGUGCAGUGUCCACCAAGAGUGCGGUGUCCAGCAAGAGCGUCGUGUCCUGCAAGACUACCGUGUCCACCAAGACGGCCGUGUCCAUCAAGAGUACGGCUCCCAAGACUCCCAAAACCGAGUCUGUACACAAGUCACGGUCGCUCAAGUCGACCACCCCCAAUCCUGUACCCUCCUACGCAGCGCCAACGAGUGCCAGCCGCGCUUCGGCAGCGCCCACCGUUAGACGACAGCCGAAGAGCCCUGCCCCACCAGCGUCUACCAGCAAGGUCGCCUCCGGGUCGCCAGCCAAGGUCACGCCCGUUGCACGCAGACGACGAAACACUCUCACCAAGACUCCCAAAAGCCUCCGUAUCAGUACCACGUACAAGUCAUCGCCCUCCAUCGCUGAGAAAGGGUCGCCAUGCCGUCGCGCCGAGGCGUGGGCCAACGCCUUACCCUCAAGCCCGCGCCGCCGCAGUUCAGCGAACCCAGUUGCGCGGGAUCCAUUGUGCUCCCCCCUCAGCCCCAAGCUGCCGAGGGUGCGCACACGCAAGACAAUAGAACACGCACGUGCUAAAUUGGCAGGCAACAAGGUGGCCAUGCCUGAAGGAAAGAUGGCUGUGGACGCAGGCAUCCGAAACGGCGAUAGUCCCGUGACGCUCCGCAGCAAGACUGGGUACAACGACACGCCGCAGCGCACCACCCAUCUUACCGACGCAGCCGUGAGCACCCCCACGAAGCGAUCCAUCUCGAAGCUUCAGGCGAAAGCGGCGGCCAAGCACGAAGUGCGCGCGCUGCUCAAGGCGAGCCGGAAUCGCGUGAACGGCCCCGCCGCAGAGCUGAUCGCGGCAGCGCAGGAGGUGCUCGGCGGUGCGGUCAAGGACUUGGAGGAAUCGCGCUCACCUCCCACUGCCUCGCAAUCACUUGCCGCAGAAGCGCAAGCCGAGCCUGUCUGCUGCAAAUGCAGAGCUAGCCUCUCGGCCGCGGCCGAGUCGUCGGGCUCGUCGACUCCCUCCGAAAAAAUCCUCAUCCCCACCAGUCCACCGCGACCCUUUCUUGGCCCUCCCUUUCUCGCGGAGGUGGGGUCACUCGCUGCCCAACUGGCGCGACGCCGCUCCAGCCUAACCCCCCUUGUGGCUGUUCCGAUUUCUAGUGGUUUCACCUUGCCACCAAUUCCUCCGACCGGCCCGACUGUGUCUUCGCUAGCUAAGGCGAACCCCACCAGCGAGCUCAAACCCAUGCAAGCGAUGUUGCAUGCCACACCUGAAAUGCUCCAGGCCGCUGUCCAGGGACUGAAGCAUAUUGUGCCGACGUCCUUGCCCGUUCCCAGUGCUGCGCCAAGAGUUGCGGCGGCGGACAUCCAAAUCACAUCUGGCUCGACCAGCACUACCACGGGCGUCGCCACCACCGUGACCACCAGUGUCUCAGCUGGUCCUCGGAUUCCCUCGCCCCCGCCACCGAGCACGGACCAGGGUACACCGAGUCGGUCGCUGCAGGGCGUAUUGGCGCCGGUCGACCUGAUCAAGAAUGCGCGUUUCGGCCUCAAGCCUGUUGGCAACGCGCACGGGGCAGCGGUGCGUAAUGAGCGACGACUGUGGUAA